AUGUGGAGUCUUCCUGUCCCGUUAGCAAGCAAUUCACGUCUUGCUGAGCGAAGAAAGCUGGCCUCACACGCAACUGUUACGGAAGCGACGCGCGAACUGUUCCUCGUUCGCAAGCGAAAGGCCCACGGUUUCGAAGCCGUCCGGGGGAAAGGCCCUGCCAUUGUGCGGUCUGCAGCGCAGCACAAGCGCUCCUUCUAUCUGCGUAGUAGCUUCGAUUUGCCUAAGCUAAGUACUUUUCAGUUUGAUGAAAGCAACGGCAUAGAACUUGUGCUUGAGCGGUCAGAGACACUUACGCUUCCAGGGACACCUGAGGUCUACGUACUGUACCUCGCCCUGCUAGAUUCGAAACAGGCCACCUCAGGCAAGCGCUUUCAGGGCUGGAAUAAGCGACAAGACCAUAACUUCGAUAAGGACUUGAUUUCUACAGAAUCACGCCGGGCCACGGGUCGGGCGGAUGAGUUCUCGGCGCCGGCCACGGAAAGGCUUCUCCCUUUAUUCCUUGAGGACAAGCUGGAGCGGGAUAUGAUUGUCCUGAGCAUAGUGCACACUGAGCCACCUGCUGCUUUCGCUGAGCGAGAGCCUCGAAGUCGAAUGUCUGCGGGAUCCUUCUCCAUUCAGAUGCGGCUCAAGCUCUUACAAUAUCUGUGGAGAAGUAGAGACGUAUUCACCGAAGUGAAGAGCAUUUACAAGCUUAUGCAGGCUCGAGAGAGCUCAGAAAUACGAGAGUCGAACUUGCUCUUUUCUGCCCUGCUGAAUGCCAUCCGAUCCAAAAGGCUGCAGGGCGCUCACGCGCUGUUUCUGGACUUAAUUCGUCAACGGCUUCAAAGCGACAUACUCCAGGUGGUUCUCGCGCCCGUAUCGCGAAGGAACCCUGAGCAGCUCCGUGCAUACGUGUGUCUUGAGCUGCGUAGCUCACAGAGACAGCCCUGGUUUGUGCGGAUGAGAGGCAGCGACGGUGCGGUUUUUGCAUUUCUCGCUGGCUGUCCGCUGAAAAUCGACAGAGACGUCUGGGAAUAUGCCUCCAUCAGCACCAGAUCAAUACCUCUUGGCGACUCUGUGGUGUUUCCCAUGAAUAGAAACGCCCCUGCGCGAUAG